AUGGGCUGUUGUUAAGAUAGACCUACUAUUACUCUAAAAGCAAAUGAGUUGAGACACAAGAUUAAAGUUCCUUCUAUUGUCCUUAGUCAAAGAGGGCUGACUAUGGAACCCUUAAAAAUCUCAAUUUUGGGAGAUAUCGACAAAAUGGAUUUCCUUGACGAGAUCCCUCAGUAAAUACCUUCCAUCACUUAAAUUGAUUCCAAAAUACCCAUUAAAUUCACAACUUCUGGUGAUUUGAAGGAAACCAAGGAAUUGAAAUCGACUUAAAUAUCCGAUACAAUUAUUAUCGAUAUGAGAUCUGGCACUCUACUUCAGAGUCCACUAAGGUCUAAGUAAGAGAGAAAUUCCAGCAAAAACUUAAACUAAAAAUUCUUAGACAUGCUUUGA